ACGCGAGUUGCCAAAGUAGGCGAAGUGCAACGGAGGGAUAAAAAUCAUCGAUGGCUACGAAACCGGGAAUCCUCACGGAAUGGCCUUGGACCUCUCUCGGUAGAUUCAAGUUCGUGAUAGUGGCGCCAUGGGUGGUGGACAGUACGUACAAGUUCAUGAGAGGGGAGGAGAGCGAGAGGGAUUUGGUAUACUUCCUCGUAUUUCCGAUGCUGCUCUCCAGAAUUAUCCACAACCUCCUCUGGAUCUCUCUCUCUCGUUACGUCACUGCCAAAGGCAAUAGACGCAUCGUCGACAAGGGCAUCGACUUCAACCAGGUCGACAGGGAGACCAACUGGGACGACCAAAUAUUGUUCAAUGGAGUGCUGUUCUACAUCGGGUACACGUUUCUGCCGGAAGCGAAGAAACUGCCGAUGUGGAGAACGGAUGGGGUGGUGAUGGCGGCUCUGCUUCAUGCGGGUCCCGUCGAGUUCUUGUACUACUGGCUUCACAGAGCUCUCCAUCACCACUUCCUCUACUCUCGCUACCAUUCUCACCAUCACUCCUCCAUCGUCACCGAGCCCAUCACCUCGGUGACACAUCCAUUUGCGGAGCAUAUAGCAUACUUCACACUGUUUGCGAUACCGACGCUAACGACGGUGAUGACGAAGACGGCGUCGAUGGCAUCGUUGGGUGGAUACAUCUUCUAUAUUGAUUUCAUGAACAACAUGGGACACUGCAACUUCGAGUUCCUCCCCAACCGCCUCUUCCGCAUCUUUCCCCUCUUCAAGUUCCUCUUCUACACCCCCUCAUUCCACUCGCUGCACCACACACAGUUCCGGACAAAUUACUCGCUCUUCAUGCCCUUCUACGACUACGUCUACGGCACGACCGACGAAUCCACGGACUCGACGUACGAGAAAUCUCUGGAGAGAGGCGAAGAGACACCGGACGUGGUCCAUCUGACGCAUCUCACCACCCCUGAGUCCAUAUACCAUCUGCCCAUCGGCUUUGCCUCUUUCUCCUCUUACCCUUUCUCCUACAGAUGGUUCAUGCGCCUCUUGUGGCCUCUCACCUCUCUCUCCAUGUUCUUCACUCUCUUCUAUGGCCGGCCCUUUGUCUCCGAGAGGAACUCCUUCAAGAAUCUCAAGUUGCACUCUUGGGUCAUCCCAAGAUACAAUCUCCAGUACUUUUUAGAAUGGAGGAAAGAAGCUAUCAACAAGAUGAUCGAGGAGGCGAUACUGGAGGCGGACAGGAAAGGAGUGAAUGUGUUGAGUCUAGGGCUCAUGAACCAAGGGGAGGAGCUGAACAGGAACGGAGAGGAAUACAUAGAGAAGCACCCAAAGGUAAGAAUGAGAGUGGUGGAUGGAAGCAGCUUGGCCGCUGCUGUGGUAAUCAACAGUGUCCCCAAAGGGACAGUCGAUGUUGUAAUGAGAGGAUCUCUCACAAAAGUCGCCUAUGCCAUUGCCUCUGCUCUCUGCCAAAAGGGAAUCAAGGUCACAACCCUUCGUAAAGACGAGUACGAUAAACUCAUGGGUUGCAUCCCGCACGAGUGGAGGGACCGCCUGCUCUAUUCAACCUCUAAAACUCUGCCUUCGCACAAGAUAUGGUUGGUAGGAGAAGGGAUAGAUGAAAAGGAACAGGGAAAGGCCACACAAGGGUCAAUAUUCAUCCCUUUCUCGCAGUUCCCUCCCAAGGAGUUGCGCAAAGAUUGCCUCUAUCACACCACACCCGCUUUGACAGUUCCCAAAUCUUUGGAGAACAUCCACUCUUGCGAGAACUGGUUACCGAGGAAGGCGAUAAGCGCGGCAAGGGCAGCAGGGAUAGUGCACGCCUUAGAAGGAUGGGAAAGGCACGAGUGUGGCUCGUCUCUUCUCCAUGAUUUGGACGCCAUCUGGGAUGCAUCUCUUAGCCAUGGCUUCCGUCCUCUCCCUCUUCCCCACUUUUCAACUCACAACCUCAAAGCUUGAUGACUACAAUCCGACAUAUAUAUAUAUAUAUGCGGGGAUGCUAGCUACUAUGCGAUGUGUGUUAGGGUCUAGUAAUGGAUAGAAGAACAUACAAGUCUCUAUUUGCUCCUUGUUUAUCAUGUUUCUAUUCAGUGUUAGUUGUGGGAAUAUAGUAUUUUGAAUUCAUAUA